AUGGUCACUUCAGCUCCCACAGUUACCCUACUAGAUCCACCAAUAGAUCUUUCAAAAGAUCAUCACGGUCCACCCGCUUCUUCCUCAUACACCUCUUACAUUUCCCUCGACACUUCCAAACCCCGAUACUUUCAAAACCCCUGGCCAUCAUAUCGAUCCGCAUCACUCAACGAUGCUUGGUUGGCGUAUCAAAAAGGUGCUGCCAUAGCCUAUGCUCAAACGCAUAGUAUCCCUCCGAAGAGGAUUUCAUCAGGUGCAUCGAAUCAUGAUGACGAAGAGGCCUUGCUGGAGGUGGAAGCAGACGUGGAAGAAAUACCCAAGAUCAGACGUGUUAAAUCGAGAGUGUACGUCAGACCAUCUUUCUCAGAGAUUAGGGAUGAAGAUGAAGAAGAUGAUUGGAGAGAUCCUCCUGUAACUGUGGUCGCACCCAAGUGGGAGAAAACGGAAAAAGAGACGGUGACGUGGUUAGGACAUGCUAGUGUGUUAGCGAGGAUACCAUGGGAGGACAAGAGUAAGGAGGGAAUGUGUGGGUUAUUAUUUGAUCCAAUUUUUUCAUACAGAUGUUCCCCAUCGCAAUACGUCGGUCCAGCUAGACAUCUCGAUCCACCAUGUUCGGUAUCUGAACUUCCAGAGAUACACGCAUGUUUCAUUUCUCAUGAUCAUUAUGAUCAUCUAGAUCAUUACACGAUACUAGAUUUAUGGAAGUACCAUGCUGUUACAAUUCAUUUCUUUGUGCCAUACGGUCUGAAGAAAUGGUUCGAAUCCUGUUCUAUCCCCUCCGACCGGAUCACAGAGUUUGAUUGGUGGCAUGAAGCUCUUCUUUCUUUUCCCCCAAGUUCAACAUCCCCUUCUUCCGACAGUAGUGAUGGUUUGAUGCUGAAAGUGGCCUUCACACCUGCACAACAUCGCAGUGGUCGGGGUGUGCUGGAUCACAUGACAACACUGUGGGGAAGCUGGGUGGUAGGGGUAGUAUCUCCUUCUGAUGUUGGACGAGCCCAGGAACGAGGGAUGAACGUAUGGCAAGGGUUUAAAAUGUUUUUUGGAGGCGAUACAGGAUAUAGAUACGCAACAUCACCAACCCAGGACCCACUCUCAAUCUGUCCCGCCUUUACUCAAAUCGCUUCUCUCUAUUCCCCAUUCUCAUUAUCAUGUUUACCGAUAUCUACAGGAUCAUCACUUCCUUUUCUUCGUACUCUUCUAUCACUCUCAUUAGAUCAAUAUACACUCACUUCAGCAUUACAUUGUUCCCCCGCAGAUGCAAUUUCCAUCCAUCGGAUCCUUGGCGCUGAACGUGGGUUGGGUAUACAUUGGGGGACGUUCUGCGAUUCGGACGAAGCGAGAGGUACAAGGGUUGAAUUUGGUCGUGUGAGACGUUCGGCUGGUUUGGGGACGAAAUGGGAUGAAAAAGGUUGUUUUGUGGUUUGUGAUAUUGGACAGACUUUGGAGUUUGAACCGUUUAACAGUGGAUAA